AGAAAUAUAUUAAUAUUAAAGGAACGCAAAAAGAGAAUGAAAAGCGCAAAGAUAACACUCUCGGUCCUCGGACCCAUUUUUCUAAUAUAAAGGUUUAUUAUUUAUUGGGUCGGAUUGAAAAAUCAAAAAUAACAACUUUGAGACGAGCUGCUGGUAUUAUGAAGUAGUAGCGGGUAUAUGUAGAAAAAGAAAAAAGGGUAGUAAAAGAAGAGAAAAAGCUGCCCCUAAAACGCAAAGAAAUAACAAAAAGAAAAAAAAAAAUAAUAAUAAUAAUAGAAAAGAGAAAAUCAGCCGAACAAUGACUGUAACCUUACCUUUGAGGCUUUUCCUGCCUCUAACCGCCGCCGCCGCCGCCACCACCACUUCUUCUUCUUCUUAUUCUUCAGAUUUUCCAUUCAAGUCCGUCAAAUUCCAUGGCCGCCACACAUUCACUCGCAGAAAGUCACCACCUUUACGGGGACGGACGUGGCUUUCUGGACAUAUGAGAAGAGAUCAAGAUAUAGACAAUACGGAAUAUGGAGAGAAAGGUAGUGCGCACAUGUUUGGUUCUGAAGAAGAUGUAGGCAGUCAAAUUCCAACCCAAGCUCAAUCUGUUGUUGAAGGAUCAGGGGCAGUUCUGGUAUCAGAGUUUAGACCUGCCCCUGAUGUGGAUUAUCUACAGGAAUUAUUAGCCAUUCAGCAGCAAGGACCUAGAGCUAUUGGCUUUUUCGGGACACGGAAUAUGGGAUUCAUGCAUCAAGAACUUAUUGAGAUUCUUAGCUACGCAAUGGUUAUAACUAAAAAUCACAUAUAUACAUCUGGAGCAUCUGGCACUAAUGCUGCUGUUAUCAGGGGUGCUUUGAGAGCAGAAAAACCAGAGCUUCUUACAGUAAUCUUGCCACAGAGCUUGAAAAAGCAACCUCCUGAGAGUCAGGAGUUAUUGUCAAAAGUGAAGAAUGUAAUAGAGAAGCCUCACAAUGAUCAUCUACCUCUGUUAGAAGCAAGCAGGCUGUGCAAUAUGGACAUCAUUUCACACGUACAGCAAGUGAUUUGCUUUGCCUUCCAUGAUAGUAAAUUGCUCAUGGAAACGUGUCAAGAAGCCAAAAAUCUCCGAAAAAUUGUGACUCUCUUCUACCUGGAUUAAUAAUACAACUAUUCUUUUGGCUGUCCAUACAUUUAUUCAUAGAGUUUUUAUUUUUUAUUUGUAAAUUAGAUGGAAUGGGACAGGUUGUUUGACUUUGUAGAUUGCUAACGGUAGGCAGGGGCCAAUUGCUCUACUUCGUGGAAGAGAAGUUAUUAUAUUGAUGGGUAUAUUUUCUUGAAAAAUGGGCAAAUCUUGUAUACGUUCUGUCUAAAUAUAUGUCCAUGCAUGCAUUUGAUGCACGAAUAGUGCUAGUGUUAAAUAACUAAGAAUAGGGAUUUACUCA